GGGAGCCUGGGCUGCCUGCGGAGAUCUCGUAGAGUCGGGGGGCAAAUUUCCUUGUAGCAGUGAGCCAGCCCCUUGGCUGGGCGACAGGUGCCGAGGGAGCUUCUGGCCCGUGGACCGGGGGAUGCGAAGGGAACAUGAAACUAAGAGCCGGCACCAGGUGAUAAAGUUGACAUUUUAAAAAGACGUUUCUCGGUCAUUAGGCGAACUUACUGUGAUCAGGAUCUCUUAUUGCUUCAAAAGAUUGUCUCCCAUUACAAGCAAGGAACACCCACGGCUGAGGGCAGAGAGGUUGAAAGGAGAGUCACACAGUCUUUUUCUGCAAUGAUCAAGGCUGGGGCCAGCAGAGCUGCUCACAAGGGUUCCCUCCCAGCACCUCUUUCUCAGUCACUUUGAGUCUGGCCUAAUCGAAGACUGAGGUUAUGAAGUCGAUCCUAGAUGGCCUUGCAGACACCACCUUCCGCACCAUCACCACAGACCUCCUGUAUGUGGGCUCCAAUGACAUUCAGUACGAAGACAUCAAGGGAGACAUGGCAUCCAAACUAGGAUACUUCCCACAGAAAUUCCCUCUAACUUCCUUCAGGGGCAGUCCCUUCCAAGAAAAGAUGACUGCCGGAGACAAUGCCCAGCUGGUCCCAGCCGUAGACACAACAAACAUUACAGAAUUCUACAACAAGUCUCUCUCGUCCUACAAGGAGAAUGAGGAGAACAUCCAGUGUGGGGAGAACUUUAUGGACAUGGAGUGCUUUAUGAUCCUGAACCCCAGCCAGCAGCUGGCCAUCGCUGUGCUGUCCCUCACACUGGGCACCUUCACGGUUCUGGAGAACCUGCUGGUGCUGUGCGUCAUUCUUCAUUCCCGCAGUCUCCGAUGCAGGCCCUCCUACCACUUCAUCGGCAGCCUGGCGGUGGCCGACCUCCUGGGAAGCGUCAUUUUUGUCUACAGCUUUGUUGACUUCCAUGUGUUCCACCGUAAAGAUAGCCCCAACGUGUUUCUGUUCAAACUGGGUGGCGUUACGGCCUCCUUCACGGCCUCUGUGGGCAGCCUGUUCCUCACAGCCAUCGACAGGUACAUAUCCAUCCACAGGCCCCUGGCCUAUAAGAGGAUCGUCACCAGGCCCAAGGCCGUGGUUGCCUUUUGCCUGAUGUGGACCAUUGCGAUAGUAAUUGCUGUGCUGCCUCUCCUGGGCUGGAACUGCAAGAGGCUGCAAUCUGUUUGCUCGGACAUUUUCCCUCUCAUUGAUGAAACCUACCUGAUGUUCUGGAUUGGAGUCACCAGCGUGCUGUUGCUGUUCAUUGUGUAUGCAUACAUGUACAUCCUCUGGAAGGCUCACAGCCACGCAGUCCGCAUGAUUCAACGUGGAACCCAGAAGAGCAUCAUAAUCCACACAUCAGAAGAUGGCAAGGUGCAGGUAACCCGGCCCGACCAAGCCCGCAUGGACAUUAGGCUGGCUAAAACCCUGGUCCUCAUCCUGGUUGUACUGAUCAUCUGCUGGGGGCCCCUGCUGGCAAUCAUGGUCUACGACGUCUUUGGGAAGAUGAAUAAGCUUAUCAAGACGGUGUUUGCCUUCUGCAGUAUGCUCUGCCUGCUGAACUCCACCGUGAACCCCAUCAUCUACGCUCUGAGGAGCAAGGACCUGAGACAUGCUUUCCGCAGCAUGUUCCCUUCGUGCGAGGGAACCGCACAGCCCCUGGAUAACAGCAUGGGGGACUCGGACUGCCUGCACAAGCACGCCAACAACACAGCCAGCAUGCACAGGGCCGCGGAAAGCUGCAUCAAGAGCACUGUGAAGAUCGCCAAGGUGACCAUGUCUGUAUCCACAGAUACGUCUGCCGAGGCUCUGUGAGCCUGCUGCUUUUGUGGUUGCACACACACAGAGAUUCUGCUUUCCAAACUUAGAAGUCUGUUGUCUCAUCGACUAUAUUUUUUUAAGUUUACCAUGUUUAGUAAACUAGUGACAAUUACUGUGCUUACUUAGUUUGCUGACAUCUCAAUAGUUUAGGUACUUAAACUCCAUUCUCCAGGGGUUUACAGCGAAGAAAGCUUAUUACUUCAGUUACUCAAUGGUCCUUCAAAGUCCCUGAAGUGGAAGGGAAAACCUUGGCUUCGAAAAUCUGAAGUCUAACUAUCCAUCGAAAAACACCAUGAAAUAAGUAAUGCCUUUGCAACCACAACUUUCAUGAUGAUGUGGUAUGUGUCUGUCCAUAGUAUAAAACAAGUACAUUUUUACAAUAGGUAUAGUGUGAAAGUAGAGACACUUUGUAAAAUGUUUUAUGUACUGUGAAUUGUGUGUCAGUGUCUAUGCGUCAUUUUUGUCUAGAUUAGCAAAGCCAGAAUGUGGCCUCAUAAGAGCAAUGGCAUAAAGCAGUGGGUAUGUAGCAGGGCAACUCCUAUUUUGGUAGUGUUACUGCCCGUGAUACAGUUUUAGAAACUUUAGUAUUUCUUCCAAUAUCCGUAUCUAAAGUUAACAUUGAAGUAACCACAAAGCUUUAUUUUUCUGUUAAAACAACAAGAAGAAGUUGAAGACUACCCAAAGUCUUGAUCAGAAUUCAUGGACACUUAAACUGUAUUAGAAAUGCAUUUUCAUAUGAGGACAUUUAUUAUCUUCUGGACCACAGCUGUUCAGUUGGGUAAUGGAUGAUAUUCAGGAUGGAAAAGAGAAACUAUAUUGACUUUUUAAGGCUGACAUCUCUGACUUUCUUCAGUGGUUAGCUAUAACUGGACCUCUUAAGACAGCAUGUGUCAAUCUUCGUGUCCUGUUAUCACUGUGCAGUUGCUGUUUACUUGAAGUGUAUUGCAUUUUUAUGUUCCAGAUUUAAGUAGCUUUUAGGCCUGAAUGGCCAAAAACAAAAAAGAAAAAACAACAACAACAACAACAACAAAACCCCAGUCAUCUUCUCCUUAAUUGAGAAGAAAUAUUGUCUGGCUCAGUAAAAUUGUACCACGUGAGUGUGAUUGUGUUUGUGUGUGUGUAUGUGUGUUUGUGUUCUAUCUUGUAACUGUUACAGCAAUUUCAUAUAAGAGAAAACUGACCAAGUGUGGCUUGUACCACUUGCUGCACUCUUGCACACGAAUUUAGUUUCUAAAAUUGAAAUCUCUUCAUGAAACCUUUUCUAUAAAAUUUUUGAUUAGGACCAUUCAGAAAAAUGUUGCCGCCUAAGAUUAAGUGUUCUAACAACCUUUAGGUGUUUUAUAAGGCCGGCGUCCAGCAAGGUGCAAAAAUUUGGAGGACUCUUCCAGGGAGAUAAGAGUGUGGGGAUGGUAAUCACCUACUGUUGGUCAAGGUCAUGGAAAUGGAGGUCAGUAGAGGGAGAAGGUUCUAAGACCUUCCAAAGCUCCUAACAGUAACAAGGUUUAGUGGUGUGUGUAGGCAGCGUGAUCUCAGGUUAAGGAGCAUCACACACCUCAUGAGAGCCACCAGGUCCAGACCAUUUCAUUACAGAGGGUGACGAGCGGAGACUGGGGACAGCCUGUACCUGUCUUUGUUUAGGUUAAGUUUGGGCUAAGGAAAAGGCGGUGCUUCCACUAGAUGGUAUCAGAGCGUGCCAAAGCAUAAGACGAGGGAGGGUGGCUAGCUUCUGAUGAUUCCUCUGACAUGGUGCUCAGAACUGGGCCCUUUUCCAGGAAGGAGAGGUAUUGCUUUUAAGAAGCCACUUACUCUGGAUAAGUUCCACUUAUAAUCUCUCCUUGUCCAGGUUCUCACCAGUCCUGAGGACUGUGUAGCAUGAGGUGGAGAGCUAGCAUCUACCUGUGAUUUCUAGAGCUUGGGGUUCCCAGCCUGACAGGGCAGUUCCCCUUCUUGCAACCAGUGUGGCCUGAGGACCAAGCGAGGAUAUAUCCAGAACUUACCUGAGUCUCCUGCUGUCCUUCGCCGUGCACAGUCAAGGACUCGGGAUUCUGGUGAAUCAGUGUUUCCACAGGGAGGGGCACUGAUAGCUAGGGGCUAGGAAUUGCCAGCCUUGUCCUACAUCAACCUAAAUAUCAGACUACAUGUCUCUAGCUACCAGGUCGUACCACCUCUUCUCACGGCUACGUAGACCUGGUAGGAAAUUCUAGGUAUAGGCAUAAAAAACAAUCCAAGAUUCACUUUUAGAACUGUAUUUGUGUAAAUGCCAUUUUAGUGAUAGAUUUUAUAGUGUGUUGAACUCUCAAGACCUAACUCAUAUUUAAUAAGCUAAGGGACAAUGGGGCUGAUAGCACUAAACUUGGUGCUUAUUGAUACUCUAAGAAAUAUCUGUGAAAUACUAUCAUGUGUACAUUAUACUACCUUCAUUUAAAAGGACUUAAAAUUAGUUGGACCCACUUUACCAUUUCUUAUAUCAUUUCCUAACCAUAGUGACCAACACUCUCUCCCUAGGGAGUAUAGUCAUUAGAAUUACAUUCGUUAGUAUCAUUCAUUAACAAGCCCCUUAAUUAGAUUCAUUCAUGUCAGGGGGUUAAAUUUAGUCGCUUACACACUCUGGCAUCAGGGUUACCUACUUUCCUCUGACAUUUGUCCUGAACGUGCAUUCUUCAGCCAUUAUUCAUCUUAAAAGCGGGCCAGUUCCCAAACUGCUUGGCUUCUUCCAAAUGAAGACUAAGUCCCGGACUAACAGUGUCAUUUAAGCAAAGAAAGCUGCGUCCAAGAGCCCCUAUCGUAAAACAUAGUUUCACUCUAUGCAGAAGAAAUGUGGAUCUGGGCAUCUUAGACAUACGCCUGAGCCAGAAGGCUCCCAAGUACCCUGAUACUGUCAGGUUCCACUGCUAUCAAAUGCCAAGGAAUUUUUGCUGCCUAAACAUGCUCUGCAGGAAAUGGGCCCAACUACCAGGUGAGAACUAGGUCUCUGGUUACUGUUCAGUUCAUUCAUUUCUGUCAUUCCAUAUCCAUAAACAAGACCACUAACAUCAUGCACAAAAUUAGAUUUCUCAUAGUCUUAACUGUAUAUUUGUAUAUUUUAAAAUCUCCUAAAAGGCCAUUCACAGUUGCUUUGCACUGGCCUUCUGAUAAAAUGUUAACACACCUGUUGUAAUAUACACAAAACAUUCUAUCUGCUGAUUUGGACUGAAUGUAUGUAUAUAGGUUUUACAAACAAGUCAGGCGUUGAAGCAGUGGUUUGCAGAUCAGUUAUUUUCGAAUAGAGUUUGUUUCAGUUGCUGUGGUAUCUUUACAAAGCACUUUGUGUGAACUUACUGAACUCUAGGGAGUGUCCCCUAGAGAAGAAAUCUUUUCUUGUAAUAAUAUAAACCAAGAUACCAGAUUAUCUUGAUUCUCACUUCCAGUGUUUCAAGUGAAAAACAUAUCUGCUUAUUGUCUUUGUAAAUGGAGCAUCCUUCCUUUUUCUCUUAAAGAGUAUUCUACUGUUAGGUGUUUGUUGAACUGGUAGCAUCCUUGAGACUGCUGUGAUGUCUUUGUCAGUAAUCUGUAUAAUAUUUUGUAUACAAGUACUGGUAAUAUUGUUAUUAAGUGUAGCUCCAGUCAUUAAAUUACUAUAGCAAAGUAGUUCUUCUGUAAUAUUUAUGAUGUAUUAAGCCUACAGUAUAUUUUAUUUCAUUAAUGUAAUUUAAUUGUUAUUUAUUCAAGAGAAAACAGCUCAUCAUGUCUAUUGUCUAAAAUUACCUGGAAUCAAAUAAAAAUUCUAGAUUAUCAUGAAAAACACAAAA